AAGACAUUUUGUUUCAUUCUGAGUAAGCAAUUUGCGAAGUUGUGUUGAGUUAAACAUUGUGAGAAAAUUUGUCGUUGAAAAAUAAAAUAAAAUGCGUGUUGUUACUGCCAUUUUUGCUGUUGUCUUUGCACUUCAUAUACUUGUGGUAUUAUGUCACGAUGGCAAUGAAAAACCUGAUGCGUUGAUGAAAACAUUCAUAAUUGACCCAGCAACGGAUCUUUUAGAUAAAAUUCUAAAACCUCUACAACCGAUAUUUCUGUCCACAUUUGAGUGUUUUUCACUCAAUUCGAAGUUGUUUAAUCCGAUUCCUACAAACACCCAACUAUUUUAUCUUAAGAAUCAUAUUAAUAAGAAUGCCGAUGAAGAUUUCAAGAAGAAAUUAAUUUCAUUGUACCAUGUGCUUGAAUCUUUUUCAACUACCAUAUCAAAAUUGGAGGCAAGAGCUCAAGAAAAUAAUCAAUGCUGUAAAUCAUUUCAAUCAGUCUACGCCAAAUAUGUAAAUGGACUAAAAGAAAAAACUCCCGGGAAAAAUUUCAACACAGUUAGAUCAUAUGAAUCUACAUUAGUGCGACAAUAUCUUGAAUUGAACAAUUUGGGAAAACUUUUACAACCACCAAAAAAAAAUCCAUAUAUACCGAGAGAAAAGUUUGCCGAUUUAAUUGGAAGUUUAUCUUUAAUUCAAAACUGGAAAAAAACAAAAAACGGACCAAAAUCAACUGAUGUAUUCACCAAACUAAAUUCAAUCUUGGAAAGUUUUGAAAGCAUUAACACCAAAAAUAUCAACGGUUUCAACGACGAGGCAGAACAUAUUUUAAGAGAUAGGUGUCCAUCUGUUCAGAAAUUUUUAAAAGAAUUAAAUGCCUAAGGACAUUUUAAAGAAUAAUAAACGGUCUUUUUUACUGUUUCUUGAUAUUUUCGAAUAUUCACACGACACAUUAAUCGAUUGAAAACGAUUGAAAACGAUUGAAAAUGUCGGAAAAGGUAA